AUGCCCCCCGUUGCAACAGAAAAUGUCGCGCCAGACGCCACUAAGUCUGAUACGUCCGCGCCAUACCUGAGCACCCUGCCCGCCAAUGAUUUCAGCUGGCAGAUUACUCUGACACAAAAAGUUGUCGCCAUCACUGGUGCCAAUCGCGGCAUUGGCCUCGGUAUUGCCGAAGUCUGUUUGGCAAACUCGGCGAAAAAUGUGUACUCAUUCGAUCUGAUGGAGCCGGGAGAGGAAUUUGCCACUCUGCAGAAGCAUUACCCAAACUUUCAGUUUAUACAAACCGAUGUCACAUCAGAGGAAAGUGUGGAGAAAGCUAUCAAUCACGUCGUUGAAGCGACGGGUCGCAUUGACGGGCUGGUGGCUAACGCGGGCAUGACCAAACAUCAGCCCGCCCUCAAAUUUGAGCGCCCCGAAUUGGAACAGUUGUUCAAUCUCAAUGUAUUUGGAGCCUACUUCUGUGCGCAAAUCGCCGCUCGCAAGUUUAUUGAGCUCGGGAUUAAGGGCUCUAUUGUAAUGACAUCGAGUAUGACUUCUUAUCGGCCUAACCGUGCCGCCCCCUCUGCGCCAUAUGGAGCAACUAAGGCUGCCGUUCGAAACAUGUGUCAUACCCUUGCAAUGGAGUGGAGCAAGCACGGAAUUCGCGUCAACAGCAUCUCCCCAGGAUUUGUACGAACUGCCAUGACCUAUUACGUGGAGACCGCCCCAGACUGGGAUCUCAAGAUGCAAUACUAUGGUGGUAUGCCACGCUUGGCUGAUCCACGAGAGCUGGGUGGGGCCUAUGUGUACCUACUGAGCGAUGCGAGUUCCUAUACCAGUGGUAUUGACAUUCCAAUCGCGGGUAUUGUUGGCGCCUGGUGA